AUGUAUGACGACAUCUUGAUGAGCGGCUCGCGACGCUUUGUGGUCACCUUCACUCGAUCUUUGCCUGGAGGGCGGGUGAGGUACGCAGACAUGGAGGAGGGGGACAGGCGCUUGUUUCGCAUCGGUUCUCUGUUGUACCUCACGGAUUUGGAAGAAGUCAGUGGACAGACAGGUGCCGCUUAG